AUAUAUACUCGUUUACUAACAAUACACACCAUUCAAUGUCCAGUCCGUGCUACAAAAGAAUUUUGUGUGUCAGCAGGUUUUCAAAAUUUCGUUCCACUGUUAAACACAAUUAUAAAAUGGGUGACGCAAGAUGCAUUAGCAAAAGUCUGGCCCCACUGCCAUUGGGACAUGUGCAGGAAAAGACGGUGGGUGUUCCGCUAAGUGAACUCCCUUCCACGGCGGAGUCACUUUUCUCUCCAAUGACAAUUCGAGGUCUUACUUUCAAUAACCGCAUUUUGGUUUCACCCAUGUGCAUGUACUCUUGCAAAGACCAAGACGGGGUUUUUACCGACUUCCAUCUUGCCCACAUUGGUACUUUGUCCCUUCGCGGUCCUGCCCUUGUUUUUAUCGAGGCCACAUCAGUACUUCCCAAUGGUCGCCUAAGUCCACAAGACACCGGCCUCUGGAGCGAUGAACAGGAAGUCGCCCUCGGUCGCCUUGUCCGGUUAGCGAAGGCAUCCAACGGAGCUAAAAUUGGGAUCCAAUUGGCUCACGGAGGUCGAAAAGCCUCGACAUAUCCACCAUUCCACCAUUUUGAAGAGAACAGUGGUCGAUUAGGGAGGGGAAUUGUGCCAAAUGAGGAAGGCGGUUGGGGUGCUGAUAUCGUUGCACCCAGUGCAAUUCCAUGGAAAAAUGAUGGCAAGUAUCCCACACCGAAUGAGCUGACAAAAGACCAGAUUAAAGAAAUGGUGGCUGCCUGGGCAUCAUCGGCAGAAAGAGCGGUACGCGCUGGGAUUGAAGUCAUUGAGAUCCACGCCGCCCACGGUUAUCUCAUUCAUGAAUUCCUCUCAGGCAAUACAAACCACCGCAGCGAUGAAUACGGAGGUAGUUUUGAAAACAGGAUUCGAUUCUUGCUUGAAAUUGUGUCUGCAAUUCGGUCAGUUAUCCCGGAGGAAAUGCCGUUAUUUUGUCGCCUGUCUGGAACGGAUUAUGUCGGUGGUGGUGGUGCACCAUUGGCAAAGGAUGAAACGGGGUGGGACAUUUAUCAAGUGACCGAGUUGUGCAGAAGAUUUGUACAACUGGGCGUCGAUGUCGUAGACAUUUCUUCUGGGGGAAAUCUUUCCAUCGUGACGAAAGGAAUUAUGGCUCCCGAUUUUGGCUUUCACCUUCCACUCACAGAGUUUAUAAAAAAGGCAAAUAUUCCAGGAUUAACGGUCGCUGCGGUGGGAUCACUUCAAAACCCCAAGUUAGCAGAUGAAGCAGUUCGUACCGGUUCGGCAGAUUUAGUUGGGAUAGGGCGUCACUUUCUUAAAGAUCCCAACUGGGUUUACACUGCGGCGGAAGAGCUGGGGGUAAAUAUUCGAUGGCCAGCACAGUACUCUUGGAUGUGGGCGUGGCGCAAGUAAAUUGAAUAAGUCGUGUAUUAUCAUCACGGACAUGUGUAUGUAACUCAGUUCAAUCAAAUUAUUCUGAGAGUAACGGGUUUCAAAUGUCCAUUGCGAAAUGGGGAGGGUUAUUCUUUUUAACCUUCUACAACAUAUUUGAGAAUACACAUGUAUGUAAAUUGGCUUCAUGUCAUUCAGUUCCUUGAUGAACAUGUGAGACUUCAAGUUUGUCUUUGAUAUGAAUAAAAUAUCGAACUUAGAAAAUUUGCAUAAUGAUUUUACUUGGACAUAAUUAAUUAGCAAUUCCCUGAUUCGAAUUUGUGGCGCACCUUUCCUUCAUAUCGUAUAAGUUUUAUUAAUAAUAAAUGCAUAUACUUAUGAAUGUAUGUAAA